AUGGGUGGUGUCACGGAAUAUCCGUUCAUGUCGCCCAAAACACUGAAGGAGGAAUCGACCAACGCCUUGCUCAGGUUCUGGAAAAACGGCUUGCAGAAGUUUGGGCAAAGUUGA